AUGGAGCGCUCGUCGAGUCGCUCCAGCGGUGCGCGGAGAGCGCUGUCGCGGGCGCGGAGCGACACGGCCACCGGUGGCGCCGAGCGAGUCUGCCACCCGACGGAGCCGGCCCGCCCGGCCGCCGCCGGCCGCCCGGCCACAGCCAGCUGCAAGGUGCCGGAGAUCGUGCGCAAGCGCCAGUACCGUGUCGGCCUGAACCUGUUCAACACGAAGCCGGAGCGCGGCAUCGACUACCUGAUCGGGCGCGGCUUCCUGGACGAGGCGCCGCACAGCGUGGCCCGCUUUCUCAUCACCCGCAAGGGGUUGAGCAAGCAGAUGAUCGGCGAGUACCUGGGCGACCUGCAGUCGCCGUUCAGCGCCGCCGUCCUCGAGGCGUUCGCGCAGGAGCUGGACUUCUACAACAUGCAGCUGGACGCGGCGCUGAGGAAGUUCCAGGCCUACUUCCGGCUGCCGGGGGAGGCGCAGAAGAUCGAGCGGCUGAUGGAGGUGUUCGGACAGCGCUACUGCCAGUGCAACCACGAGUUCGUGGCCAGCCUGAAGACGCCCGACACGGUGUUCGUGCUGGCGUUCGCCAUCAUCAUGCUCAACACGGACCUCUUCACGCCCAACAUCAAGCCCGAGCGCAAGAUGAAGCUGGAGGACUUCAUCAAAAAUCUCCGAGGCAUCGACGACGGUGCCGACGUCGACCCGCAGCUGCUGGCCGGCGUGUACGAGCGCGUGCGCGCGCAGGAGUUCCGCGCCGGCGCCGACCACGUGACGCCCGUUCUCAAGGUGCAGCAGACCACCAUAGGCAAGAAGCCGCCUCUUGCUUUGCCACACCGCCGCCUGGUGUGCUACUGUCGCCUGUACGAGGUGCCGGACGUCUCCAAGAGGGAGCGGCCCGGCGUGCACCAGCGCGAGGUGUUCCUCUUCAACGACCUGAUGCUCGUCACCAAGAUCUUCAGCAAGAAGAAGAACGCCAUGACGUACUCGUGCCGGCAGAACCUGCCUCUGGCGGGGCUCUCUGUGUCAGCCUUCGACCUGCCUUAUUACCCGUACGGCAUCCGGCUCUCGCAGCGCGUCGACGGCAAGGUGCUGCUCACGUUCAACGCGCGCAACGAGCACGACCGCACCAAGUUCUGCGAGGACCUGCGAGAGAGCAUCCUCGAGAUGGACGAGAUGGAGGCGCUGCGCAUCGACGCUGGCCUCGGCCGCCAGAAGACCAACGGCGUCCGCAACAGCCGGUCGGCGGAGAACCGCGACUCCGGCGUGGCCGACGUGGAGGAGGUGUCGGACGGCUCGUCCAAGUCGUCGUCCGGCCUGAAGCGGUCGGCGCUCUCCAACUCGCUGCUGGACAUGACGGAGGCCGGCGGCCGGCCGCAGCGGCGCGGCAGCGUCGGCUCGCUCGACUCGGGCAUGUCGGUCAGCUUCCAGUCCAACAGCACGGCCUCGGCGCAGACGGGCAGCCCGCCGACGGCGCCGGCCGGCCAGCACCGUCAGCGGCGCGCGCAGCGGCGCCACUGACGGCCGCCGCCGCCGCCGCCGCGGGCCGCGCCGGACCCGCCCGCCCGGCGGCGCUGGUAGUCCCCGUCCGGCAGGCAGCCGAGCGCAGCUGCGAAGUCAUCGUGCCCGCAUAUCGCCCCCGCCGCGGUCGCGACGCGGGUUCAUCGGCGUGGACGCACCCGCCGCAUCUCCAUCGACGCCCGCCCAUUGUAGUAUCCUGACUCCCCGCACCCAGUUAGCACAUGUAGACCGCGCGCCGCAUCCGGUCGGCUCAUCUGUUUUCGUCUGACCACGGGGUCACCCAGGGCGAGGGCUGGUCGCGCCUCUGCGUCGGCCGAGACCCGACCACGCGGACUCGCCGCCCUGCCUGAUGACCUGACCAAGGGCCGGGCGGGCCCGCCGUUGUGUUGCGUGAGCGUCGUUUGUAUGCAGUCAACUAACCAUUAUCUAGUCGGAGCGCGUGCCUGAUCGUGCGCUAGUCUUCUGAAAGGGAGAAAUAACUAUGUAAAUAGUGGCGAGCCGGAGGCGGCGCGGCUUUGCAUGGCUGCAGACCGUUUGAUAUGUAUUCAGUAUAUGUGAUGUCGUGUGGUGACGAGGCGUGCGCCUUAUUUUGAGACCAAUAUAUGUGGAUUGUAUGGCU